CCUCCCUCUCACGGUGCGCUCUGGGUCUCGUCUCGGACAGGCUGCGGCGGGGUUCUGGGGUAUCCAAAAGUUUUACAAAAUUACUGCACAAGUGUUCGACUUGGGGACUAGGGGGAAGCUUGGAGGUCACUUUUGUGGACCCGUGAGCUGUAUGACCAGUUUUGGGGAUAGUUUUUUUCUGUUAAGCUUUUGAAUCAUGGAGACUCUCAGAGGUCUCCUUGCGUUGUUGUGCGCGUUCCUGGUUGGAGCGCAACUGCCGAAGGAAAGACCUCACUUUGCGGAUUGUCCUGUUGACCUUUUCUUUGUGCUGGAUACAUCUGAGAGUGUGGCCCUCAGACAGAAGCCUCCCAACUUUUAUAUUGACCAGAUCAAGGAUUUCACCAAGCAGUUCAUAAAUAGACUCCAGGAAAUGCGCCACCAGUGCGACCGGGUCUUGACAUGGAACUCAGGAGCACUUCACUACAGUGACGAAGUCAUCCUUGUGCAGGAGCUGAGUGCAAUGUCAUUCCAGCGUGAUGCCCUGAAAGCGGCCAUUGAUGGCAUCACAUACAUCGGCAAGGGAACUUACACCGACUGUGCCAUCAAGAGGGGCCUGGCAGAGCUGCUUGUUGGGGGCUCCCACUACAAUGAGAACAAGUACAUUGUGGUAGUGACUGAUGGACAUCCCAUCACUGGGUACAAGGAGCCAUGUGGAGGUGUGCAGGAAGCUGCAAAUGAAGCCAGACAACAUGGGGUCAAAGUUUUUGCCGUAGCCAUCUCACCUGAUCAGGAGGACACCAGGCUGUCGCUGAUCGCCACAGACCAGCUAUACAGACAGAACUUCACUGCUGCUGAUGAGUCCAGAUCCACCAAGACCAAAACCAUCCAAACCAUCAUCGACAUUAUUACAAAUGAGACAAAGGAUGUGUGCUGCUCCUUCGACUGCAGUGCUCCCGGAGGGCCAAAAGGACCAAAUGGAGACGCGGGAGCCACGGGAGAAACGGGUCGACCGGGGAUGCCAGGAGAGAAAGGAGAUGUUGGUCCCAUGGGCAGCGUUGGUGAUCCUGGUCCAGUUGGUUACAGUGGGAUGAAGGGAGACCGUGGUCCCAGAGGAGAAAAGGGGGAAAGAGGACACAAAGGCUUUAAGGGCGACAAAGGUCAGCGGGGGAUGGAUGGAAUAGACGGACGUAAGGGUGAAUCUGGUUUCCCUGGACUUCCAGGCUGCAAAGGUUCUCCUGGAUCUGAAGGCCUGCGGGGAGAGCCUGGUCCAAAGGGAGACCCUGGUUCUUAUGGAAAGAAAGGAGAAAAGGGAGAUCCUGGGAGGAACGGCGAACCCGGACGUCCCGGAAACUACGGCCCUCUGGGCCCUGCGGGUGAACCGGGCCCUCGAGGACCUGACGGAGACAAAGGAGAGCGCGGUGAUGAUGGACCAGCUGGAGCAGAUGGGGGUCCCGGAGAGAGAGGACCAAUCGGUGAGAAAGGGGAGCAGGGUUCCCGCGGAAACAGAGGUCCAAGAGGAGACCCGGGGGAACCAGGAUCACGUGGAGAGCAGGGGAGAGAGGGUUCAGCCGGAGACAACGGGGAACCUGGUGAACAAGGAAAGCCCGGCCCCCCAGGCUACAGAGGAGAUGAAGGUCAACAAGGACCAGAGGGGCCUAAAGGGCCAAGAGGAAUCAAAGGAGCUCCAGGAGACCGAGGCCCGAUGGGGGAGAGGGGAGAUGAUGGAGCACAAGGAGUUGGAUCAAUAGGCUGUCAUGGCUUCCAGGGCUAUCCCGGGACCCGCGGAGAUCCUGGAGAGCCGGGUGGCAAGGGAACCCCCGGACCAAAAGGAGAUGACGGAGAGCCCGGAGAACCAGGCCCAGAUAACAAUGAGCCGGGGCCUUCGGGGGCUAAAGGGGCCAAAGGUCACAGAGGACCUGAGGGCAGACCGGGUCCUCCUGGGCCGCCUGGACCUCCAGGAACUGAUGAAUGCGAGCUUCUGGAUAUCAUCAUGAAGCUCUGCUCCUGCUGUGAGUGUAAGUGUUCUCCCGUGGACUUGGCGUUCAUCGUGGACAGCUCAGAGAGUAUCGGUUCCACAAACUUUGCUCUGGCCAAAGAUUUCAUCAUCACCGUUAUUGACAGACUGAUUAAAGACCACCAAGUCAAGUUUUCAGCUAACCAUUCCAGUGUCAGUGUGGUCCAGUACAGUGGAUGGAAAACCCAAGAAGUGGUGAAACUAACCAGUAACCUGACCGAUUUUAAACAAGCGGUGAGAGACCUGCGCUGGAUAGCUGAGUCCACUUACACAGGAGAGGCCCUUGAAUUUUCUCUGACAGCAACUCUCAAUGAAAUGAAAAAAGAAAACAAAGUGGUUCUGGUUCUGACGGAUGGACGCUCUGAUAUCUCUAGGGACACAGUUCCCCUCAACGUCCUCUGUGGGAAGGACCUCACGGUGGGGGGUUUGGGAGUGAAGGACUAUUCGGGCCGCCAGCCCAACCAGGAGCAGCUUAAGUUGGUGACAUGUGAGAGCGACAGAAAACCAGGGUUCUCCUUCGUGCUGGAGAACUUUGCUGAGCUGCUGGAUGACAGUUUCCUUCAGAAUCUCACGGCUAAGAUCUGUCAAGAGAAGAAAUGUCCAGACUACAAAUGUCCAAUCUCUUUCUCUGAGCCCGCUGAUAUUUUGGUGAUGAUGGACAGCUCCGCCAGCGUUGGCCAGAAGAACUUUGAGAUAAGCAAGACCUUUGUCAAGCGCCUGGCUGAGCGAUUCCUUUCAGCCGAGAAGAAAGGAAAUGCCAGAAUCAGAGUGGGCGUGGCCCAGUACAGCGAAAGCCCCCGCAUGGAGCAGGCUCCAACCGCCAAUCUGACCAUCCUGUCUUCUCGCAUUGAAGAGGCAGCCUUCCAGAACCUUGGCACCAACCUUUUAGAGGCUCUGUCCUUUGCUGUCUCUAAUCUACGCGGCCGAGGGGACUCGUCUGGAGGCAGUAAGAAGCUGGUGCUGUUUUCAGACGGCAGGUCUCAGCGAGUCACAGAGUCUGUCCUGGAGAAGCGAGUUCGUGAGGUGGCAGACGCCGGCAUCCAGCUCUUUGUCAUUUCAGCUGGCAGCCAGGUCAGCGAAGGCAACCUGCGCUUACUGGUGAGCAGGGGGCGACAGGAUGACAUCAGCUACGCCCAGCGCCACCUGUUCCGCGUCCCAGACUACCCCUCUCUGCUCCGUGGGGUCUUCCACCAAACCGUCACCCGCAGGGUCUCUUUGCCGUAAAAACAAACAAAAGGACCAUCAAUUUGAUUUUUUUAGACCUAUUAUGAAUAUUCAGUCUCACUCAUUUACAAUGUGUCCAGUUACCAGAAAACCAAAGGAAAUGUCACAAAACAACAAACAAAUGUACAUGUCUCUCUAAAAGGACUUGUUUUUACUUUAAAUUGAACCUCGAGGGCAGCCCAUCUCAGACUCACCACCACAGCACAAUAAAUCUGAUUAAAACUCAGGAGAUAGAUCCUGCCUUCAGGUAAGAUUCAGGGUGAAAAAAGUCCCGCUCUAGAACAGGAAACUUUGAUGCUGGAGAGACAGAAAGUUGUAAUGGUCUCAUUCGGGAUCCGUUUCCUCCCAGGUACUCUCCGUUUCUGUAUCAAACUUUCUCCAUCCGACGAGUGAAGCUUCCUGUCACUUCCUGUCUCUCCAGGACCAAAGCCAGUGCUGGUUCUGGUUCAGCAUGGAUCCAUUUGUUUCUUUUGCCACUUAUUUAAGUGGUGUUGGAUGUGUUGUGUUGCAGCAGUACUAAAUAAAGAGGCACCGCAGCACAGAAACACACACUUCUCCCUGCACUAGCACGAACAGAAAACUGGUUCCUGACUGGUUUAUCACUUUAAGUUUUGCCAACAUGGAUUAUGUUGAAAAUAAAAAAAAUGAUAUAGUUUUUCUGAGUCUGAGAAAACCUGCGCCUAAAGCCCCGUUAGAUCACCACGGCAACGAGGAAACCAGGAUGUGGCACCAGGCAAACCUCCAGAUAAAUCACACCAACGUUUCACCUGGACUCAGCAUGUGUGAGUCCUGAGUGUGUGUGAUGUGCGUGCGUAUGUGUGUGUUUGUGUGCGUGCAUAAAAUACAAGAACAUGUGUGAAACCUUGGAGUGAUUGUUAAGCAGUUUUGUAGGGGUCAAUUACCAAAAUAACACAAACCCUUUUUUGUCUGCAGUAAAGACGCUUAAUUUAAGCAGAAAAAAACUUGAACACACACACACACAUCUUUGCCAUUUGUGAGUGAUUUAGGAAAAUCCCUGUCAUGGCUAAAAGUUGGAAGGGGAAGCUGAAGGAACUCAUGAGCCAACACGUUUUAUACAACAGUUUCACCGGGGUUGGUUGGAGUGUUCUUCUGUGGUGCUAUUAUUCUGAGUGUAUCAGCCUCCACCCGUGCUGUUUGAUAUUUUUGCCUGAGGAUGAACAGCCUCAGUAGCGUUGAAAGAGCUCCUUCAAUAAAGGUUGUUACACCCA